GGGGACACGUCCUCGGAAUGAUGGCGCCCGACGAGAUUUCUCCAGCUGCCGGCCACAUACAGUGAAUGCACGGCCCGGAUACCAGAGGCAUUAUCCCGUCCUGAACUCCGCCACUUCCAGUCGUGUGAGAGGAGGGCGGAUAGGAGUGACAGGAAACCCGCGUCUCUCCAGCGCCGCUCCAGCCAGCCAGCUCCAGUGAGGGCUUUGUCAGAGGCCGCAGCCAAUCAUCUCAUGAUCCCACCAUGGGAAGGGGAAGCAGCCUCAGCAUGGACCCGCGGACAGGGAGGCAGUGAGCUUCCUGUGGCCAGUGCCGGCGGCGUGAGGGCAGUUUUUAGUGACCCUAAGACAUGGAUGUCCUCUGUUUUCUUCUUCUUCUUCUUCCUUCAUGCAGAUCCAUUGAAGUAAUUGUUCCUGAUGUCCCUGUCACUGGGAUCCUGGAUGAAGAUGUCAUACUUCCUUGCAGCUUUUCUCCUCCAGAUAGAUUUUCCUUGCAGGACCUUUGUUUAUUUUGGAGAUCACAAAUCCAGCAAGUCCAUGCUUCACCGAGGGACAAGAACAGCUGGGAGAUACAAGAUCCAACGUUCAUUAACCGAACAGAACUUUUUCUUGGGCAACUACUGCAGGGCAACAUGUCCCUUUUACUGCACAAAGUUAGCUUAUCUGAUGAAGGCAUCUACACAUGCUUUGUUAAUGUCGAAAACUCCAGUUCAGCUGCUGUGAGUCUGCAGGUGGCAGCCUCCUACACCAAGCCUACCUUGCAUCUGGAGUCUAGUGAAGGCCUUAAACCUGGUGACCAGGUAACUGUAACCUGCCAUACCUACCGCGGAUACCCUCAAGCUGUAAUACUGUGGCAAGAUGGAAAUGGGAAAAACCUUACAGAAAAUGUUACGACAUCACAAGUAGCCAAUGAAGAAGGGUUGUUCCAUGUGCAGAGCUCCAUCCGUGUAACCCUGGAGACCAGUGACGCUUACACCUGCCUAGUGUAUAAUCCUCUGAUGCAGGUGGUGACUCAUGCUUCACUCAGUGUCACAGGUCAGCAUCUCUCUUUCCCUUUGGUGGCUGUAUGGGUGACCAUUGGACUGUGUGCUUGCCUCCUGGGUCUUCUAGUUGCUUUGGCGUGUGUAUGUAGAAAACAACUCAAACAGACCUGUGAGGAGGAGCAGGAAGAAGCAGCCGGUAAUGAAGAGCAUGAAGAAAAUGGAGAGUUAAAAACAGCCAUGCAGCCUCUGAAGGCCAGCUCAGCAGAAGGUGAUGACACCACAACUCUAGAGUGAGAUCAGUCACACAAUGAGCUCUGCCAAAUACAGGCUGCACUCUACACUUGGAAGGAUCGAGGGACCUUUCAUGAAAAUCUCAGCAUUAAUGGGAUUACCUCCCUUUGCUGAAUUUUACGUGGCCCAAUGGAUAAAAAGCAUUUUAUAUUGGUAGUAUUGAUGGAAGGGCCGCAGGAUAAUACCAUUUGUCGUCCAUUUCUAUUUCUGCACUUGUUUGCAGUGAAUGCUGGAACGGUUCUGGCGAUUACUUCUGGGCAAUAUACUUAUUUAUGGAUUUAUUUUUUAUUUUUAGUGAGACUGACACUUAUAAACCCCCCCUUACAGUUUCCCCAAAAAAUGAACCAUUUCAUUGAUAAGCGUGAACAUGGACCAUUCUUAAGGGUAAAUGACCUGGAAUUGUCAUUGAAUGUUCAUUCUGUCCCUGGGUUGUAACAUCUCCCUACUUCUGCUGGUUCAGAAGUCUGCAAGGGAGUUGUAAUAAAUCACACAGAAGCAUGUGACCGUAGUACGAUUUAAGGGUGAGUUCAUACCACCGCCAUAUAUUUCCAUUGUUCUUCUCCAUUAGAGGAGCAGAACAAUGAAAAUAACUGAAGUGCUGGAUUUGGCACAUAACUGGCCUGAACAGAUCCAUUGACUAUAAUGGGGCCCAUUCAGUUUCUCUCUACCAGUGGACUAUUUCUCUCCACUGUAUUUGACAGAAUCUGCGAAGGAGGUGGUCGAACUGAGCCUCCAACGCUGAUUUGAACCAGCCUUUAGAGGUUAUUUAAAAAGAAGAAAUACAGUGCCUAAUAUAUUUCCCAUUUCUUUGGCAGUAAAGUUUGAUACGUGAUUCUGCCUGGGAACCAGAACACUGAGGGAUUUUCUAUUAUUUUGUAAGAUGUUUUUAAUAAACUGCUUUCCUAUCAUGAA